AUUCAAAGUGAUAUAUGCGAAACGGCAACAGUAGCUAUUUCUUCUGUAUAUCAUCAAAUUUUCAAAACCAAGACAAAAUUUUCAGGUCCGGAAGUUCUAGGAUUUGAUAAAACAAUUAUUACAGACGAAUUAUUGUCAGAUUUACCCUUUCGCCCUUAUAAUUUUCAACUUGGGAUCCUUCGAAUUUGGAUAGUAAGAAUUGGCUCUAAUGAAAUUACAACUAAUUUAGCAGGCCCCGGAUUUAAAUCAGCCUUCAUAUAUCAAUAUAAUAAAAACUUUAUUGAACAAAAUCUGGAUUUAGUUUGGUCAAAAAUUGGAAUUCUAUGGCAAUAUAAUGGAAAUCAACUUUUUAGAUUAACUAAUCAAUACACAAAAAACCUUAUACAAGCAGCUCAAAUCCCGUGUUGUACCUUGAAUGAAUGGAAUAACAAAGAAAUAAUGACUAACAUUUACAAUUACCACCUUAAACAUC